AUGAAAGCAGUUAUGAGAAGUCACGUUUACUGGCCCGGCGUAGACCAGGACGUCGAAAAUUUCACCGCAUCGUGUAGAGCUUGCGCAUCUGUGGCCAAAGCACCACCAAAAACAUUAUUGUCGUCAUGGCCACAAACAAGCUAUCCCUGGCAACGGCUACACGUGGAUUAUGCUGGUCCCUUCGAAGGUCACUAUUUCCUAAUUAUGGUAGACUCUUACAGCAAGUGGCCGGAGAUCAUACGUACGCAAACUAUCACUAGCAGUACCACAAUCGAAUUAAUGUUCGAAACGUUCGCCCGGUACGGGCUGCCUGAAACCAUUGUCACCGAUAAUGGUACGCAAUUUUCUAGCAACCAAUUUAGGGAAUUUUGUGAGUCCUUGGGCAUCGUCCACAUUCGUACUGCACCAUACCAUCCGCAGUCUAAUGGAUGGGCGGAGCGCUUCGUGGAUACACUGAAACGAAGCCUCAGGAAGAUUUUACCAGAAACGCAAAAUUCCAUAUCCAAGUCACUGCAAAUCUUUUUGUCCACAUAUCGCUCAACUCCAAACAAGUCGGCACCUGAUGGACUUUCUCCGGCUGAAAUUUUGAUGGGGAGGAAACACCGCACAACGCUAGAUUUGCUUAAACCACCCGUCGACUUCAUGCCUACGAAAACCAGUUCAACAGACACCAUGGGGCAAAGAGGCGAAACUUCGAAAAAGGUGAUCGAGUUUUUGCAAGCACCUUUAAAUGUGGGAUACUUGUGUGGCUCGCCGGUACCGUCAUCGAACAAGUUGGCAGUGUAA